AUGUCAAGUCUAAUAAACAGGAAAAGAACCCCAUCGGGUGAUGAUAGUGAUGACCAAGCCUCGGCGGCGGCAAGACCAAAUAAUAACUCUCAAGGCAUAGCACAAUCCUCAGGAAUAUCCAUUAACGGCAGACCAACGAGAAGAAGAUCCUAUCUGCUCCCAUCGGAAGAAUCUGAAUCUGAUAGCGUCACAUAUGGAACAUCACUUGAGAUGAAAAGAAGACAUCUGUUGUAUGUGGAACCACAUCAUCAUCGUCCAUCACGUCGUUUUUCAGAAGAAAUAAGAACCGAGCUUGCUGAAGUAAAGAGGAAAAAGAGGAUACAUGAAAGUAGAAGGGUUAUGUUUAUAUUAGGUGCUUUGAUUGGAUUAUUGGCAGCUAUUUUCAUAACAUCAUCCCAUGGACCUGCAUUUCCUGGAGAAUUAGAAAAAUUGGUUAAUUUUGAUAAAGUAAGUUAUUUAUUUGAAGAUUGGCGAGAUUGGAAAGACUUAUUACCUACUGGAUUACAAUCAUUUUUACAAGAAGCUGAGAAUCCUGAUGAUGGAUUACAUGGAUCAGCUGAAUCUUUUAGUGUUGGGAAAAGGUUAUUACUGACAAAGAAUUAUACUCAUGAAUUCAAUGUUGUAUUAGUCCCAGGGGUGAUAUCUACUGGACUUGAAUCCUGGUCUACUACAAAUUCAGGACCAUGUCCUUCUAUAAAUCAUUUUAGGAAACGUCUUUGGGGAUCUUUUUAUAUGUUAAGAACCAUGAUUCUUGAUAAAACCUGCUGGUUGAAACAUAUAAUGUUAGAUGAAGAAACUGGACUCGAUCCUCCCGAUGUUAAAUUGAGAGCAGCCCAGGGGUUUGAGUCUUCUGAUUUCUUUAUGGCAGGAUAUUGGAUUUGGAAUAAGAUUUUACAAAAUCUUGCCGUGAUUGGUUAUAGUCCCGAUGAUAUGCAUACUGCUGCUUAUGAUUGGAGAUUAACUUAUCUUGAUUUAGAAAGACGGGAUCGAUAUUUUUCAAAAUUGAAAAUUCAAAUUGAAUUAACCAAAACGUUUUCCGGGAAGAAAUCGAUUCUUGUGGGACAUUCUAUGGGAUCUCAAGUGAUAUUUUAUUUUAUGAAAUGGGUUGAAGCUAAUGGGGAAUUAUACGGAAACGGAGGACCUAAUUGGGUCAAUGAUCAUAUUGAGGCAUUUGUGGAUAUUAGUGGGUCAUCUUUGGGUGCUCCAAAGACUAUAUCUGCUUUAAUGUCUGGUGAGAUGAAAGAUACUGUUCAAUUGAAUGCUUUAGCAGUGUAUGGAUUAGAACAAUUUUUCAGUAGAAGAGAACGAGUUGAUUUAUUAAGAUCAUUUGGUGGAAUUGCUAGUAUGAUUCCAAAGGGAGGCGAUUUACUUUGGGGCAAUUUAACAUAUGCUCCAGAUGAUCCUACCAAUGCAUUACAUGAGAAUGGAACUCUUCCUGAAUUUGAAACUAAUAGUACAUCCAAUCGAGAAACAUUUGGAACCUUUAUUCAAUUCAAAGAAAGUGAUGGGGCUACAUAUAAUGUAACCAUGGCUGAAAGUAUAGAUAAAUUGUUAGAUAAUUCACCUGAAUGGUAUUCCAAAAGAGUUCGAGAAAAUUAUUCAUUUGGAGUAGCAAGUACCAAACAGGAAAUUCAAGAAAAUAAUCAAAUUCAACUGAAGUGGUCAAACCCUCUUGAAGCUGCAUUACCUAAUGCCCCUGAUCUCAAAGUAUAUUGUUUCUACGGGGUUGGAAAACCAACUGAAAGAGCAUAUACAUAUACCACCGCCGAUAGCUCAUUAAGAUUACCGUAUGUGAUUGACCCAGACGCGGAAAAUCCCGUGUAUUUCGGAGAUGGUGAUGGGACAGUUUCGUUAUUAACCCAUGCCAUGUGUCAUGAAUGGCAAAAGCGAUCAAAAUCAAGAUUUAAUCCUGGAAAUUCUAGAGUUACAAUUGUAGAGAUUAAGCAUGAACCAAAUACUUUUGAUAUUAGAGGUGGUGCUAGAACGGCUGAACAUGUUGAUAUUUUAGGUAGUGCUGCCUUAAAUGAAUUGAUACUUACUGUUGCUGCCGGGAGAGGUGAUACUAUUCAGAAUAAGUAUGUAAGUGAUCUAAAACAAAUUGUAGAAUCUCUAAAUAUUUAG